AGCCUCUCCGCGCCCGUCCGCCACGCGACCUUCAUCCCCCGCCCCCGCCGCCCCUACACAUUCACCCAGCUCGUCCAGCUCUCCGACGGCUCGACCUACACCGCCCGCACCACCUCUCCGCUGCCGCUCUACCGCGCCGCAAAGGACACCCGCAACACCCUUCUCUGGCAGCCCAGCGAGAAGAGCCUGCGCAACGUCGAGCUGGACGAGGCCGGCAAGCUGGCGGCCUUCAGAGAGAGGUUCGGGCGGGUGUUUGAUGCUGCUGCUGCUCCUGCUGUAGGGGGCGAGGCGGCGCAGGCUGAGGGCGAGACUGCUGCUGCUGCUGCCGCUGAGGGCAAGGCGGAGGAGGCGGCUGUGCAGCAGGAUGCGGGAUUGAAUUUCGAGGAUCUGUUGGCGGAGUUUAAGCCCCAGGAUACGGGCGCUUUGAAGGAUUCUGGGCCGAAGAAGGCGCCUACACGGAGAAAAUAA